AUGCUGCUAAGGCUUCCCCGCCUUGACCUUCCCUCCGAGGAGGACGCAUUUGUGCUGGUGCACGUUUCUUCCGCGGGCCCUCAUCCAUUAGAUGUCAAGCUGAUUGGCACCGACAACGAAAACGCUUUUGCGGUCUCAUUGAACAGUUCUCAGACCUUGAAGCUUAGACACAAGACGUCAAAAUUGAAUGAGGCUCAAUGGGAUUACGUGUUGUCAGUCAUUCUUCUGGGGGCGGCGCAGGGCGAAGAAGAUCCUGCCUUGCUAGAAGACGUUGAGGCUGUUGCAAAAGUGGAAGAGGACACUCUUGUGGUCAUCAUACGGAGGACCAUCGAAGGUAUUACGCAACCACUAGGAUCUAUCUCACUCUCCAAAGACGAUGAUGAGGGUGAAGAUAUCGACCUCUUCGAGUGGUGCGGCGUAGCAAACAAAGCAAAAGACACCUCUAAUGACGAAUUGCAAAGCCUGAGAACGACGCUCGGGUCGAAGGAUGAAGAAAUCAGGAAGCUGCAAGACAGCCUCGCAGAGCUCACGCAGCUCAAGAACGACAACGAGACACAAUUGUUGGAGAAGUUCUCCCUCUUGCUGAACGAGAAGAAGCUCAAGAUUCGAGACCAGCAGCGCCUGCUCGCGUGCUCCAAUGUCGAUCCUGCGAAGCUUGCUGAAGUAGAAGCAAGCCGCGAACCCGUUAGCUUGCAUUCUCCAGGUCCUUCCAGAAAAGGGAAAAGAAAAGCAAAGGAGAACAUUGAGAGUGACGAUUCAGAUGCGGGCUUUGAGAAGAUGGAAGUCGAUGAUGCACCCGCGGAGGAAUCAGAAGGAGAAGAACAAGCACAAACUCCAGACGACUCGACAGCAGACGAAGCUGAAUCUGAUGAUGAACCUCCGGCACCUCCUAUCAGAAGAGCUGCGGCAAGUACUAAAGGGAAAGAGACUGCGACCAUACCAGCCGACGAAGAUCCCAUCCUUCCUCCGAAGAGAGACUUGCCGUUCAACGGAAAACCAGCAGCGGCCUCGAAGCCAGAACCAACCUCUUCAAGCUCGAAGACUGCAGCGGCCGAUGAUGGAUCAGAGACAGAUUCAGAUGAUGAUGAGUUAUGA